GAGAGGUGUUCAAAUUCGUGAAGUUGUGGUUCAGAAAAAUAAAAAAAAUCGAUGAAAAUGGAGAUGACUGUUGUUAACAAAAAUAGUUAUGAAUUCAAUGGGGCUAAGAGUCCAGAGCAUGUGCUAGAUGCAGUGAAUUCAAUUCCAUCUGAAAUCCAAUCUAAUAACCAACGUAUUCGAAAUUCAAAGGCUGAACCCUCGCACUUACGACCAUUAUUAUUUAUUAAACCAAGCGACUCCCUGGAGAAAAAUAGCAAUGGGAAUGGGUUUGUGGAAGACAGUGGACGAUGCAGCGAAGAACAACACGUAGAGGCAGUGGUUAUUCUGAAAAAAGAUAUCACAGCGGAUGAUCCAGAUUGUAUUGAUUCCCUUUUCAAGAGCGACGGCAAGCUCAAAUUCAAUUUGACCCCGGAUCAGUUUGAUAGCAUUGCCGGAAGUGGUGCGUCCAUCGAAAAUAAAAGCAUUCCGCGAAAGUCCAGUUUGCGGCGAAAUUCGGUGUUCAGUAAUCAAUCGGACCUCGAGAAGCAGCUGAUAAUGGGGAAGCCAAAACCUCUUCCGGAGCCCGCUGGAAUUUUCGACGUUCCGAAGAGGAUUCUGCUGCCGGUGUUUUGUGAAGACCAGGACAUCAAGGAUAUGAAUGGUUUUUAUGACCGGAAAAUGCAGCCGAAAUACGACGAGAUUCUCACCGUGUAUGACCAGUUUCCGAUGGAUUUCCUGCCGAGCAAGUACAAAUGUGGCGCCUGUAAAAAAUUGUGCCACGAUCCGUGCGUACUGGAUUGCCUGCACACCUUCUGUAAGCGCUGUUUGAUAGAGCUGCAGGCAAACUCGCACAGCGGAAGCAACCUAUUCUGGCGACGGAUCAACGAGUGUGCCAACUUUGACUGGGAUAGUAAGGCUCAGAGUGGUGAUUUGGAAGCCAACGAUGAAUGCGGAGAAAAUGAAAAGCUUCCAGCUGUGAUCGCUUCAGCACAUGAGCCCUCACGUGCCAUCAAUUGUGCUGCUAAUCAUGAUGCUUUCAGCGGGGAAUCACGUUUUGAUCAGAUUAGGGCGUCUUUUCAGAACUUCAAGGAGAAAAACUGUUUGAAGUCGCCGUCUAAAGAGCGGGCGAAAGGAAAAGCGAAGCUCAGUACAAAAAUGGCGUACUCCGACCAAGAAAAGGAUUUGAUUUGUCCCGACUGUGGGAUGGCCACGGAGCUGCCACUGGGAGGAGUGAACCGUUUACCGCCGCAUUUUGUGAUGGCACGAAAGAUUGAGGACAUUGUUUCUGCGUGCGGGAAUCCACCGCCGAAUGUUUUCUGCGAAUUGUGCUCCAGUGAGGUAACGGCAACAUCUUCGUGCUCCACGUGCUCGCUCAAGCUGUGCAACUUCUGCAAGGAAGCCCACCAGCGGCAGCGCAACACGUCCACCCACAUGGUUCGGUCGCUUGGGGAGCUGUUGAAAAAAUCCCGCCGCAACGAACCGGAGGCACGUUCGAUUAAGUGUCCCAUGCAUCCGGACCAUCAAUUAAAAUUAUUCUGCACCACUUGCCACCAAGUGAUUUGCAACGAGUGCACCGCGUUCAUCCACCGGGACCAUAAAUACACGUCCGCGUCGAAAGCGGGCAAGGUGUACGGCAGGUUCGUGAAAAAUGCCAUCGAGCAGACGAAACCGCUCGAGGACUACGCGAUGCAAUCGAUUGGACGGCUCAAUGACAUGUCGAUACGGAUCAACAGCAAGUGUGAAGCAGUGCAGCGGGACGUUGAAGGUUACAUCGACGAGUAUAUCGCGGCACUGGAGGACCACCGGAAGACACUGCUAAAGCAGAUCGGCGAGGUGCGGGAGGCUAAGCUGGCAAUGAUUAUGGCACAGAAGGUGGAUUUGGAACAACGCUCGCUAAACGCACGCACAGCGAUUGACUUCGCCGAGGAAAUCAUCAACGAGGGCAAUGAGAUAGAGAAUUUAAUUUUCGUCAGCAUCCUGCUGAAGCGAUUCGAGCAAUGCCUCCGCUCCAACCGAGCGCUUGACUUCAAGGUGACGGAUACGUUGGUUUUUCUGCCAGAAGAGAUGACGCCCUGCUCCAGGGUGCAAAAUCGGAUCCCGCUCUAUGGGAUCAUUACGACGCAGAAGGCGGAUUCGAGAAAGUGUUCGCUGGAGAAUUGUGCCGAGCUUGGUGGACUCAAAGUGCGCCGAAAGGUUGAGCUGUCACUUGUCACCAAAGAUUAUGAAGGUAGGCCUAUGAAUCACGGCGGAAUCACUGUGGAAACCGACCUUCGCUAUCGGGACGAUGACUCUCGGCCAGUCUCCCUCAACGUGGUAGAUAAUCGCAACGGAACGUACGGUCUGUCCUUUGUGCCGGAGCGUGCAGGUGUGAUGAGCCUGAUGGUUUCUGUUGAUGGCAAACUUAUUGAGGGUUGCCCAUAUGUGCUGCGAAUUCACAACUUACGGCCGCACUACGGUGUUUAUCAUUGCUGUUCCUUCUGCUCCAGCAACGGAUCCAAGUAUAGUACGUGCGCGUGUGGGAGCGUCAUGCCAGGUGGCUACAGGGGUUGCGGACACGGACACGAGGGACAUCCCGGCCAGCGUCACUGGUCCUGCUGUGCAAGCCUGCAGGAAUAUUCGGACUGCGUGGUGAAGAAAGUGAAGUAAACACGCGUAGCAUAUGUGUUUGCCAUCAGUAGAUGUUAUUUUACGAUAACCGUAAGCAAGAUGAAAACAGUAUACUAAAUUGAGACAGGUUUCAUGAUAGAGAAAUGAGCUGGAGGCAAAAAAGGGAGUUUUCGAUGGUUUGUGAAACAUGUGGUGCAAGAUUGAGUGUUUCGUUAUUUGGCAUAUGGAAGCUUCCGAGAAUCAAAUAUAUUAAGUUUAAAAUCCCAAUGGGAUGUAUUGCCAUUUUCCUUGCAUAUAAUAGUUUAGUCAGGAUGUUUUAAGAUUGAUUCGAAAUCGAAUUGUAUUAUGAAGUCUAUGACACAUUGAAUAUGAAAUGUCAAUGGUUUGUGGAAAAAAAUAAAUGCUCUUUCCUCGAUAUUGUAAUUCUUUUUUCGGGAACUUUAUUAAAAUUUAUGGAAGAUGAUG